AUGCCCCCCUCGCUGCUCCGGCCUCACGGCGACCUCAAGCCCGCCGAGGCUCUCGAGCUUGCGCAGCGGGCCCCCGAGAUUCUGCGCAGCAACCCCAAGGCCUUUUCCGCCUCCCCGCUUCUCAACCUCUUCUCCGCCCCCGAGACCGCCCACCUCUGGACCAUCUACGAGAACCUGAUGCUGUCCUGCCUGCGGGCGGGCGACGACACAGCCGCCCACGAGUGCCUCAAGAGGCUGGUCAGUCGGUUUGGCGACAAGGACGAACGCAUCAUGGCCCUGCAGGGACUCGCAAAGGAGGCUGUGGCCUCGAGCAACAGCCAACUAGAAGCAGUCCUGGGCGAGUACGAGGCGCUGCUGGAGCAAAACGGGGCCAACAUUCCAAUUCACAAGCGCAAGGUUGCCUUACUGCGCUCAAUGGGCAAAACCUCGGAGUCGAUUGUUGCCCUCAACACGCUCCUCGACUUUAAUGCCACAGACCCAGAAGCUUGGGCAGAGUUGGCGGACAUGUAUCUGUCCCAGGGGCUUUAUCAACAGGCCAUCUUUGCGCUGGAGGAGGUUCUCGUGCUGAUGCCAAACGCGUGGAACAUUCAUGCGCGAUUGGGCGAGGUGUCGUUGAUGGCGGCCGACCACAGCUCCGAGGGCAAUCCCCAAAAACACCUCGCAGAGUCGCUGAAGCGAUACUGUCGGAGCAUCGAGCUUUGCGACGACUACUUGCGCGGCUACUACGGCCUGAAGAUGGUGACGGACAAGCUCCUGAGCAACGAGGCAAAAUCGAAAAAGCAGCAAGGGGAAACCGAGGGCUUUAUCGUGCCCGAACAGGCGACGGUCGAGAAGCUGAACCAGGCGGCAACCCGGAAGCUGGCCGAGAUUGUGCGGCGGUACGGAGCGCAGGAGAAGCUGUGGCAAGGAUACGAGGCGGGAGAAAUUGCAGCGGCGCGCGAGCUUCUGGCCAAGUCGUCGAGCGAGGUGGUCCGGUGA